AUGGCUUCACUCAAUUCACAUCACUACUCCACUACCUUCUUUAUCAUACUUCUUCUCCAUCAUUUCCUUCAUCCAGCUUCUAGCUCAACUUAUCAACCAAGGGAAUUGUUAUACGAGGAGAAAAACAAACUAGGUUCAAUUCCACCAAGCUGUCACAGCAAAUGCAACGAGUGUCAUCCAUGCAUGGCGGUUCAAGUUCCAUCUUUACCAAACCAUGUCCAUGACUCUCUCCCUUCAUCCUCCAUGGAAAAAUGGCUUACUCCAUCUUUACAAGGUACUAACAGAUACUCCAAUUACAAACCAUUAGGUUGGAAAUGUCAUUGUGGUAACCACUUCUUCAACCCAUGA